UCAUGUCCAUGAGCUUUUCUUUUGGACAAAGCUACCAACUUUCUUCAGUCUUAACUCAUUAAAUUCGUUUUUCACUAAAACCCUUUUCACAUUAUCACGUACCCUCCAUUUUUUUUCUUUUUGGCUCUUUAAUAUAACCCCAUUCACAUUAUCACGUAUCCUCCAUUUUUUUCUAUUUAAUAUAUUCUAUUUCUCUGUGUUAUGUACAUGGAUUUAUUGGUUGUUGAGCUAAAUUCCAGCUGCCUUGUAUUGACCUCGUCCCUUGGAUCAUGGAGAGCUCGUUGAUACCCUCGGAUGCUCUGAAUUCACCUUUGUGGAAUUCUGUGUUUUUAUUUAGGACUCCCAAAAUUAAGGUUUUGAAAGUUUAGCCAACUCCAUCUACUACACACGUAUGACAGGAAAUUUCUUUUGGUGGGAGAAAGUGAUGCAGUUCUGCAAAAUUGACCAUAUUUUGGAUAUGGGUACCUGGAGAAGAAGACUUUUUGAUUGUAUAUAGUAUAGCAGAUAGGAAUUGGAACUGGUCAAAGGUCCAUUUUGAGUAUUAGCUUAGUCUUACUGUUGAUUAGCUAAAGGCUCUUCUUGGAGGAUUUGCACAGCGGUUUGAGGGGGCGAUGAAGUGUUUUUAUUUCUAUAACAAGAAUAAAAAAGAGGAGCCAAAGAGUUCAAAAUCCAUUUCUGUUGGCUCUCUUUCUACUUCCUUGUCAACGGAUCCUGACAUGAGAAGAUCCGGUUCUGAAUUUCAUUCUCAGAAUGUUUCAGAGUUUAGCACACAAUCUUCUGCUAAGUCAUUUGCAGUUUUGUCUCAGAAACAAAGUAAUCUCAAAGAAUUCACAUUCGCGGAGUUGAAAACGGCAACUAAGAAUUUCAGCCGCUCUCUCAUGAUUGGAGAGGGUGGAUUUGGUGGCGUGUAUAAGGGCAUGAUAAGGAUCACAGAUGAUUCAAGCAAAAAAAUUGAAGUUGCCGUUAAGCAACUUAGUAAAAGGGGAUUGCAGGGUCACAAAGAAUGGGUAACAGAAGUUAAUGUUUUAGGGAUUGUGGAACAUCAAAAUCUUGUCAAAUUGUUGGGAUACUGUGCUGAGGAUGAUGAAAGAGGGAUUCAGAGAUUGCUGAUUUACGAGUAUAUGCCCAACAGAAGUGUUCAAGACCAUUUGUCAAGCCGGAUUCAGGUGCCACUUCCCUGGGCCACAAGAAUGAAAAUAGCUCAGGAUGCUGCCCGCGGCUUAGCUUACCUUCAUGAAGGAAUGGAAUUUCAGAUCAUCUUUAGAGAUUUCAAGUCGUCAAACAUACUUCUAGAUCAAGAAUGGAAUGCAAAGUUGUCGGAUUUUGGAUUGGCCAGGCUGGGGCCUUCAGAUGGAUUAAGUCAUGUGUCUACUGCAGUUGUUGGAACCAUUGGCUAUGCAGCUCCUGAAUACAUUCAAACCGGGCGUCUCACCUCAAAGAGUGACGUAUGGAGUUAUGGAGUUUUCCUAUAUGAACUCAUUACAGGGAGGCGGCCGUUGGAUCGAAACAAGCCCAGAAGUGAGCAAAAGCUCUUAGAAUGGAUCAGGCCACACCUCUCUGACUUGAAAAAAUUUGAGCUGAUUUUGGACCCAAGGCUUGAAGGGAAGUACUCACUCAAGGCUGCCAAAAGGCUAGCAUCUGUAGCCAACCGUUGCCUGGUUCGGCAGCCUAAAUCACGUCCUAAAAUGAGUGAAGUAUUGGAGAUUUUAAACAGAAUUAUGGAGGCUACAAAUAUGGGAAGCCCCCAAACUCCUCUCAAAAGUUUGCCUUUGGAUGAUGAAACAAGAAAAUCCAAAAGAGAGAUGUUGAAAAAGCAUGUGGUGGAUCCCUUAUUUGGAGAAAGAGGUUGUUUAAUGUGCAAGCGUGGAGGCCAAAGAUUGUAAAAACAUGAUCAUGUUGAUUGAACAUAGUUUGUGACAAAAUGACACUAAUUCCUUCAUUUUUUUUUGGGGUGUACCAAAAGCUGCUUUGUUAGUUUGUUGAUUUUGUAUAUUACAGUUUUCUCUGUUUACAAAAGUUUAAUCAAUACAGAUUAGUGGCUAUACGUUUUUGUGGUUAUACUGACUAGCAACUACUGUACACCCACAAUGAGUGAGUUGGGCAUUUGGGUACUCAAACAUUUAUCUUUUUUAGCAUUUUUUUUCCUUCUUUUCAAUUCAGAGGCCCGUUUGAAGGAUUAAA